AUUAUCCACAUUAGUCAUAUAUAAAUAAAACCCCACUUCCCAAACACCUUUAUAUAGUCAUUUUCUUAGCAUAAUAUCCCAAAAUCGAGACACAAAAACAUUCAUUCAUAUUAUUUUUCUACAACAAACAUGGCUACGGACAAGUGGCUCUUACUGAGCAGGUUAAGAACGGCGGUGAAGAAGGUGAGGGUUUUGAUAAACUUCAACGUCCACCGGUGGCGGGUGGCGACCAUGAUCGGCCGCCGCUCUAUGGCCUCCCAACACCGCUUCAGCUUCAACGACCGGCCGGGAUUAAUAGCGGCCUACGACGACGAAGAAUCCGAAGAAGAAGAGGAAGAAAACAACUCCGGCGAGUGGUCCGAACAAGAGUAUUAUUCUGCAGUUGGGUCAUCAUCGUCUAAUUCCAGAUCAUCAUCAGGAGUAUCGUUACCACUUCAGAGGACGACCAGUUACCCUAAUAAUUACUCGACGUCGACGCCUGAUCGGGAAACUAGUUUUGAUGUUGAUCAGAGGGCUGAGAUGUUUAUCAACAACUUUCGCCGUCAGCUUCAGAUGGAGAGGCAAGUUUCUUUGCAGAUUCGGUACUCGAAUAGGGCUAACAGGUUCAAUUGGAGGAGCCCUUGAUGACGAUGACGAUGACGAUGAUGAUCGACGGUGGAGAUUUGGUUUUGGUUCAUCACGAUCGUCAUUUUAUUAAAUAACAUUUUUAUUAAUAUGGUUGGUUAUUAAUUAAUUUUUUUGGUUUAUAUGGUCAUGGAGAGUUUGUGCAUUUUUUAAGAGCAUUAUUUCUCCAUUUUGUGAAUUAUUUCAAUACUUUAUAUAUGGUUUGAUUGGUUGGGUUUUGUUUGUUAUAAACAAAAAAAUGUAAAUCAAUUAUACCAAUAUCAGAUUCUUUCAUUUCUUUUA